CGAGCAACUGCGCUGUUUUAUACCGAAAAUUACGUGUAUCACAAGCUGCUCCAAAAUAAGCUUAUUGAUGACCAGCUUAUUACGCUACCCGCCAUAGCAUCCUUUUCCUCUUUCCUCGCUUCCCAUUCACAUGUGCGAUUUAUCGGAUCCUAGAAUCACUGAGGCUUACAAUGCUAUUAUUGAAGAGGAGCCUACUGAUUGGCUUCUUCUCGGAUACACUUCUCGCGACGUUAUAUCUUUAUAUGCCAAGGGAACUGAGGGACUUGGAGAGUUCCGAAAUCAUUUAGGCGACGAAGUAUUAUAUGGAUUCCUUCGCGUAGAUGACAGAUAUCUUCUCGUGACUUAUGUGCCCGAUCAAGUCAGUGGUGUGCGGCGAGCACGAGCACUUGUGCACAGCCGCUCGGUUGCCAAUAUACUCAAAGUCAAUCAUGCCCAAAUUACAGCUUCUUCACUUUCAGAUCUGAGUGAUGCGAACGUUCGUACGAGACUAAAACUAGGGGAAAACCAAGUACCGAACCGGUCUCGGCCAUCUUCAAUGUCAGAGCGCAAGCGCGCCUCCUUAUCAUCGCGUCGUCGUUCUUCACAGUCGCAGUCUCAAUCAGCAGCACCUCCUUCUCCAACUGAUCCUUCGCCAAUGCUUCCCAGUGACGUUGUGACGGCCGAGCCCGAUGAGUUUCAGGAAGCGAGUGAAGAGCUGCCGUCAUCGGAAGAUGUGCAGAGUCACCAGAUUAACCGUAACGCUUCGGAAGAUGGGCAACCGAUUGAACCAGUAGUGAGUGAGGAACAGCGACAGCAGGAAGAACGUGAUCGAGCACGAAAAGCAGCUGAAGAAAAGCUCAUGGCUGAGGAGACCGCACGCUUGCAAGCACAAGCCGAAGCUGCAGCCAAAGCGAAAGCUGAAGAAGAAGCCAGGCGUCGAGCGGAAGAAGAAGCUAAAAAACAAAAGGCCGAAGAGGAGCGAAUUGAACGAGAACAAAAAGCAGCUCUGCUGAGAAAGAUUGAAGAAGCGGAGAAGAACAAAGAUAUCAUUCUUGCGGGUUUUGCAUCCGUCCAACCCAAUGAUAGCCCAUUCUGGAGACGUCGAUAUUUUAUCAUUCGCGGCAAAAACUUGAUGUUAUAUCGGGAUGAACAGGACAAAACACCUAUCAUUGUUAUCGAUUUGAACAACGUAACUUCUUUGUCAGCCAUCGAUGAAGAGCGCGACACUUUUGUACCCAACGCUUUUGUUUUGGACACGCAUAGUGAAGGUUCCUUCCAAGUAUUUGCGGACGAUAAGAAAGAUGCCGACACUAUCUUUACUGCUCUUCAAACCGUGGUUAAAGCCAACUAGACCCAUCUUGAACGAUCUAAACUAUCUAAAGCCUUUUAUGUUUUAUGGCCUUGCUUUCGCAUCAUUAUGUCUAUGACGAAUACAGUUUUUUUCAUAUUCUUAACGUAUCAUUUUCUUUGCCCAAAAGUGCAUGCUGGUUGAAUUUUGAUGCUAGGAUUUUUCCUUUUCUUUUUUUUUGGCAUUCUUUUUUUUUCUCCUUUAU